AAAGCCAAAUGAUUCGGCGUUGAGGUGACACAUAUGCCAAUCCAAAAUCAUGGUCAUGAUCAGUAAGAAAAGCAGACACAGAGCACUUCUAAUUUUCCCAUUGAAUGCUUUUUUGCUUUAAUGAAGAAACAAUAAUCUGUAAACUAAACAGUCAGACUUUUUCUGACAAGGCGGGUUCGGGUUUUCCACUGACGUUGCAUGGAAAUCAUAAAAACGCGCACAUGUCCACCUUUUGUUGGCCGGUUUGGCCCAAUUAGACAACAUUUACGAAAUACGUGUAAGAAGCCCACAUUCUGUCUUUAAACAAUCCUUUAUGGGACAAGGACGAUUCUGCCUUUUUCCUUUUCCCCCCAGUAUAAAACUUCUCACCGUUCUUUACCGAUUCUAUGAUGAAUGAAAUUCAAAGACAAAACCAGCGAACAAGAUGGAAGAUGUCGUGCCUGAAGCUGAAAGCUUGUUGCACCCGAUAAAUAUCAGCGGAGAUGAAGUUACUACAGAAAGACAAAAUCCUGAAGCAGCUAAACACGAGGGGGGAGACAGAGCUGGUGGAUUCAUUAACCAUCUCAUCUCUAACUUGGUUAUUGGAGGAGAUGCAGAUGAAGAAAAACAAGAAGAACAGGCUGAGAAGGAGACAAUCCCUGAAGAGAAGGGAGGUAGGAUUUUAGAUCAUAUCAUUUCAAGCCCCAAAGCAGGAAACAUCGCGCAACGGAAAGUUGAAGCUUUUGAUGUUCGAAGUGAAAAUGAAUCAGGUUUCAGAUCAGAGGAAGAAGUGGGUGGUGGUGGUGGUGGAGGAGGGCUUAUCAACAAUAUCGUGUCCAACCUCUUUCACCACUCUGAAGGUGAAGUAAGAGGGAGUACUGAUGAAAACAAAAAGGAAGAAGUGGUCAAGGUUGGUGAAGAAAGUAAAGCAGAGAAAACAGAGGAGAGUGGUGGUGGAGGAGGGCUUAUCAACAACAUCGUAUCCAACCUCUUUCACCACUCCGAAAGUGAAGUAAGAGAGAGUCCUGAUGAAAACAAGAAGGAAGAAAUGGGGAAGGUUGGUGAAGAAACCAAAGCAGAGAAAACAGAGGGUGGUGGUGGUGGUGGAGGGGGUAUCAUUGAGAGCAUCGUCUCCCAUUUGCCCACAUCUCUUCCAGAUGAUGCAGCUCCCACGAGUGAUGAGGCCACCAUUCUGAUUCACAUUGCUCAAGAUUAACAAGCGUUUGAUGCUUGAGGUUCACACCACUUCCAGCUUCAGGAAUGAAUUAUUAUUUCUAGAAUUCUGAUUGUACCAUCUUCAUCUGCCACUGGAUUUGUGCUGUUUUCUACUUUUCUUUUGCAUCUUGAUUUUUUGUUCUCUUUCUUUGUAAUAUAUUUUCUCCCUGUGAUGUGUUUCUGGUAACUCUUCUGUUAAAUAACAUUUAUUUAUUUGUUAAAAG